AUGAUCUCCAGCACGGCUAUCUGCCUGUCACUAGCCGCCGGCAGCUCUGCCACUGCCGCCUUCUCUGCGCGAGAGUCGAGCGUCUUAUCGUUCCCAAUUAAUAAGCGUCAUCGACCACAGCAACCAAUCCUGCGGCGUCUUUCCAACGGCAGUGAAAUUACCUUGUACAACAUCUCAGGCUCUGACAGCUACCAUAUCGAGCUGAGAAUUGGCACCCCAGCCCAGGGACUUACGCUCAGUGGUUCCCAAAUGAAGGAUUGCACUUCCUCUGGCAUUUUUAAUCCCAAGUCCUCUGUCACUCUGGAAUUUCUUCGCAACGGCUCUAGCAUUCAGUAUGCCGUCGGCUCUGCGAAAUUCGACUAUGUCAAGGACGAUAUUACCCUUCCAGGAAGCUCAAUCGCUCUUACCAGUGUUCAAUUCGGAGUCGGCACAAACUCGUCUGAGACGAGUGAGGGAGUCAUGGGUCUCGGGUUCGGCAACGGCAAGAACCUCAACUACAGCAAUUUCAUCGACGCCCUGCAGGACCAAGGUGCAACCAAGUCCCAGGCUUUUAGCGUCGCAUUAGGUGAUGUUAACCAUGACGAUGAGGGCGUCAUUAUAUUUGGCGGUGUUGAUACCAAGAAGUUCACUGGCCCCCUCAAGCAGUUUAACACACUCGGCAAGCAGACGUUGGAUGAUACCUAUCGAUACUAUGUCCAGCUCGAGACUGUUGGCUUAACGAACUCAGAAGGAAGGUCCACGACGUACGAGAAUAGCUCACUCCCCGUUCUAAUCGACUCUGGUUCGACCUUGAGCACACUGCCAGCUGCUACACUGGACAACUUGGCGAAAGACAUGGGCGCCAAAUAUGAAACGGAUUUGAGCCAAUACAGUAUCGGCUGCGAUCAAUUCAAAACCAACGCCACCGUCGACUUUGCUUUCCAUGGGCUGAAGAUUCAUGUGCCCUACAGCCAAUUUUUGUUGCAUAAUGGGUCCUCCGAUUGCAUUAUCGGAGCGCAGCGAUCCAACAUGUCAGAGGGGCCUCCGUACUAUAUCCUCGGCGAUACAUUCAUGCACUCAACCUACGUGGUCUUUGACCAGAGUACGCUUUAUGGAUGGCCCCAUACUCAGACUGUGGCAAGAACGAGCAAGAAAUCCCAGCGAGCGGCGUGGGAUCAGCUAACUUUACAGGCGAAUGUGCUGCUCCAAGUGUUACCUUGA